AUGUCGCCGCCGGUCCCCCAAAGCCUAUUUUUGAUUGCAGCACUGUGCCGCUCUCCGCCUCCGCGACCGCGCGCCGCUCUCCGCCUCCGCGACCGCGCCCCGCUCUCCGCCUCCGCGACCGCGCGCAGCUCUCCGCCUCCGCGACCCCUGGUAGAAUUCUUAAAGUCACUUAUGUAUGCUAUCAUUUCAUCUGCAUAUAGCAAAUCUGGACUUGGAGUUCUGGCCAAUAUGUUUCUCCUUGUUUUCUAUACUUUCAUAAUUCUAGGUGACAGAUCCAAGCCCAUGGACAUGAUCUCCUGUCAACUGGCCUUCAUCCACAUAAUGCUACUCAUCACUGGAGGGGAUAUUUGGCUUUGGGACAUAUUUGAGUCACUGAACAUUGACAAUGACUUUAAAUGUAAGACAAAUUUUUACAUAAGCAGGGUGUUGAGAGGCCUCUCCAUCUGCAUCACCUGCCUCCUGAGUGUGUUCCAGGCAGUCACUAUCAGUCCCAGUUCCUCUUUGUUGGCAAAAUUUAAAUAUAAACUAAAAAAGUACAUGAUUUCUGCUUUCUUACUUAUUUGGUUUUUCAACUUAUCAUUCAGUAGCAACCGAAUUUUCUACGCUGGUGCUUUUAACAACAUUAGUAAGACCAACCAAAUGAAGGUCACUAAAUUCUGCUCACUUUUUUCCAUGAACUACAUCAUUAGUGCACUGUUUUUAACACUGACAAUGUCCAGAGAUAUAUUUCUUGUAGGAGUGACGCUGACCAGAAGUGCAUACAUGGUGAUCAUCUUGUUCAGACAUCAGAGGCAACACAAGCAUCUUCACAGCAUCAACUACCUGAGAGCAUCCCCUGAGAAAAGGGCCACCCAGACCAUCUUGCUGCUGGUGAUUUCCUUUGUGGUCAUGUACUGUGUGGACUUCAUCAUCUCAUCCACCGCAGUCCUGUUAUGGUACAAUCCAGUCAUCUUGAGUGUUCAGAAGUUUGUGAUGAAUGUCUAUCCCACAAUUACUCCUCUGAUACAAAUCAUUUCCGAUAACAGAUUAACCAAUAUGAUGAAACACAUGCAGUCUGUGUGCCACCAGAUAUUUAAAAAGGGAUAG